AUGGUUAUCAUUGUAGCUGUGGGAGUGGCCAUUAUAGUCGAGAGAAAACGUUUGAGAGCAGUGAAUGCCCGAGUGGAUAGCUUGAGCAUAGUCCCAUUGUCGGCGUUUUGGCUCCAUCCUCAGUUUAUAAUAAUUGGGGCAGGAGAAGCGCUUCAGAACGUUGGGAGGAUUGAUUUCUUUUACUGUGAAUUUCCAGAAACUGUACGUAGCCCGGAUACUGCUUUCGCAGGUACAAGUAUUGCAGUGGCAUUUUAUUUAAGCAGUUUGUUGGUGGGUAUCAUUCAUAAAAACGCUGAUUGGCUUACUAAUAAUCUGAACCACAGUCGUCUUUAUUACUUUUACACCCUUCUCUGUGUAAUGGGUGUGCUGAAUUUUGCCUAUUUCAUACCAUGCGCUCGUUGGUAUAGAUAUAAAGCAAAAACAGACAGCACCCAAAAUAUGUCUACGCCAUGA